AUGGCUAAGGUUUUGCAAUCCACCGUCGUGACAAGGUCCAUCUUCGGCAUCUUGUUAGCUUCUGUCGCCAUCGUUGUUCUUGCAUAUCAAGUGGCUCUUCCCACCGACAUGCUGUCUUCUCUUGGCCCACUACGUUCUCUGCGCACUAGAAUCUUCUCUUCCAACACUACUGCUUCGUUCAAGACCUUCUCACCUCUCACAGCCAACACCAAUACUCCAUAUCGAACCUUUACCUCUUCACAACCAGCCAAUAUGACCCACGAUAGCUUGACCUUCAAGGAGGCGAUCGAGAACCGUCGUUCCAUCUACCAACUCACCAAAAAGUCGCCCAUCGACGACAAGAAGAUCAAGGAGAUUGCUGAGUUGGUCGUCAAGCAGGUGCCUUCCUCCUUCAACUCGCAGUCGAGUCGUGUGGUUGUCUUGCUCAAUGAGCACCAUGACAAGUUCUGGCAGAUCGUGACGGAUAUCUUGAAGGCGCAUGUGCCAGAGGAUAAGUGGGAGCACACUGGGCAGAGACUUGGAGGAUUCAGCGGUGGUUACGGCACUUACGCCGACAAGUUCCCACAAUGGUCCGAGCACACCUCCGCCAUGCACCAGUACGCCAUGUGGGUGGCUCUCGAGGCCGAGGGCUUCGGUUGCAACCUCCAGCACUACAACCCUCUGCCCGACCAGAAGGCAUCUGCGGAGUGGAAUAUUCCUUUGGAGUGGUCGUUGAAGGCUCAGCUUGUAUUUGGUGGUGUCGCGGAUGGUGCCAGGGAAGGCCUGCAAGCCAAGGAGCAGCAGCCGCUUGAGGAGAGGUUGUUCGUACAUGGCGCGUAG